CUUGUGCGCGCUCUGGGCGUGUGUGUGAGUGUGUGGAUCUCUCCCGUCGAUCUUAAAUCGCACUCCAAACGCUUUAAAUUUGGUCGAGAGGACAAAUGAGACAAAUCGGCGUGAAGACGGCUGGACGACAAACAUGUGAUGUUGGUGUGCGUGCGCGCUGGGUGCGUGACGUGCGUCAGCGGCCGCUGCUGUGCAGAUGAGACACUUCGCGACGGCGCUCCUGGUCAUCGAACUCACGUCCUCCAGAGAACAGCGACCGAAAGGCGCCCAGUUCCUGCUGUCUUGUAGCCUGUGCCGACUGAGCCACACAACUCAGGCGUGGCUUUGUUUCUUUGUUCUGAGUUUCCUGAGUACGUGCACGUGUGCCAUUUCUGUGUCCAGUGCAGCAGAGGUCAGCAUGUGUUUGGACAACAUGAGCGACAUCAUUAAGAAAUCUGAUGCUUUGCUGUACACGCCUUCAAUUAAUGACAUUGAAGAGAACUGUAUAAUUUCGUCCUUCAGUUGUUACAUGUUGGAGUUGGAGGUGAUCUUCUUUGAACAAGACAUUGUGGAGAAUGAAGAUGUAGACUGCAUCUUUCAUUAUAAAGAUGCGCUGCCCUCCGAGACACACUCUGCCAGCUGUCAACCAUGUGAAGCAUACGCACUAAAAAAUACAACAGUAUUCUUCAACAGCCUAAAAGCUCUUUUGGAAGAAUUGACUGCACGGUGGAACUCUUAACAUAAAUACUGUAUUCUAUGUAAUGUACAGUGUAUGAAGUAUACUAAUUAGAUAGAUGUAGAUAGAUGUUUGACAAAAAAUAGUUGUCCAUUUCAAUGUAAAUCUUGUGUCACACUGUAGCACUGCAUGCUGUCAACUUUAUGGCACCAUACCUUAUGUAUGUAUAUAUGCAUGAAUUGUAUAAAUUGAAAUGGACUAAAAUUGAUGUAUUUACAAAAUGUUGACAUUACACUUUUUUGUCAACAGAAGCUUUUUCAGGCAUGUGCCAUACAACUGUAUAUAUCACAUUAUUUUAUUUGCACAGAUACAAUGUAUGCUUCAAACUGCCUUGAGAUGUUUCACAAUAUUUUGGAUUGUAUGUACAAAAGUUAUUAUAUUUAACAUUAUCAAAUGAACAACAUGCUUUAUGUAUAAAAGUAGACUGGGGACUCCAGACAUCUUCCCAGUCAAUACUGGCAUUCCUCAGGGAUGUGUUGUGGGAUGUACACUGUUCAAUACUUUCAUGCACUGGGUUUUGGGCAGGGCCAUGGAUAACACUGGCUUAGAGUGCCUUGAAAAUGUAUUCACCCCCUUGGGCUUUUACACAUUUUAAUUUGUUUAUGCUAUUCUGAACGCAAAAAGUCAUUCAGGCAAGUAUUGUGCAAAAGCCAAAUGGAGUGAAUACUUUUUCAAGGCACUGUAUUUCCAUUUGCUGGCAAUGAAAGGUUUGCCGAACUUUGUGGAUAAUGGUGUGAUCUUUGUGGAGUCGAUGGAUGCUGUGAUGGCAACAAUUGAAAACCUGAGUGAGGAGUGUGAGUGUCUGGGUUUGGGAUUGUGCUGGAUCAAGACUAAGAUUGAUGAUUUCAAUGACCUCCUGGACUUGACCAUCAGAAGUGUAUGUGUGUGGUCAAAGUGUUGAACUUGUGGGAUAAGUAAGUCCUACAUCGGUCCUGAGGCCCAUUGGUCUCUCAGGCCCAUAUCAUAGCAGUGACAUUCAUGUCUCUGGGUUUUCUGCCUUUAAGAUUGAGAAUCCCCUGGGCAGAGCUUAUGGAAUCAUGAGGUCCCUGCAAAGAGGUGCCUGUUGUGCUAUUGUAUCUGAACUACAACAUUUGUAUAACUCAUAACCUUAUACACCUCAGUGAAGAUUUUUGGUGUUUUUGCUUUACCAAAAAAAUGGCGAUUAUAGGGUAUGUGUAGUUUGUUAUGUGAAAAGAGGCAGUGCAAAUGAGAUUUUUCAAUGUUAACAUUCAAUUUCAUUAAUGGGACACUCUAAGGCUUCAGGAAAAUACAGGUUCAUAGAGUUGUCAACAUGCAGGAGGACAAAGGUCAUAAGCCUUUUAGGUCUUUGUGUUUCCUGUCUUGCUGUAUUUUUGUGAGACUUAGAUGGUACCCAGUAAACUAAUGUGAGAACCGGAUGUCUUUGGAACUAAGUUUGGCAUGCCUCUGUCCUGAAAACCCCAUGACUCCGCAAGCUCUUUCCAGACAUCUCUCAAUUUCAUACAAUAAGCUCCCAGAUUUGUGAAUACCACUGCUGAUAUAAGUAUGGUACAGACACUUGAAAGCUGAGAUAAAUAAAGCUGUUUUCCUGAUGUCUGUAGUAUACGAGGUCUGUCAAUAAAGUAACGGUCCUUUUUAUUUUUUCAAAAACUAUAUGGAUUUCAUUCAUAUGUUUUUACAUCAGACAUGCUUGAACCCUCGU